ACUCCGAGCUUGUCCUCGGCGGCGAGAAGGAGGGCGCAGAGGGUCAGCUGCGACCCGGCCAGAGCAGGAGCUGCGGGAAGACCCUGGAGAGCAGGGCUGGGAGUGGGGAGCUGGCAGUGUGGGGCCAAGAAAAAGGGUUAGGGCGGAAAGCCAGAGUCAGAGGCAGAGAGGGAAGCAUCUGGGGUCGGGGGAAGGGUUCCCGGAGAGUGAGGCAGGGGAAUGGAGGGAGUAGGGGUCUGGGGAAAGUGAGGAUUUUGAAGUGAGAGAGUCCGCUUGGGCUGGGCGUGGAGGGCUGAGGGUGGAGUGGGGCUGAGGGACAAGGUGGAUUAAGGUGCUGGUGGGGAAGGACUAGGGCUUCCAGGAGGGUCUGAAGGCGGGGGUGGAGGUCGGACAGCACAGGUGAGGGGUCUGCAGGUAGAGCUGGCUUUGGAGGGCUGGGAGCGUGGACCGGGGCUGAGCGGGCGCGCGUGCAGGUCGGAGCCGGCAGUCCAGAGCCCGUGCACACCGCUGAUGAACCCCUUCUGGCUGGAGAACGUGACAGUCAGCGAAUCCAGCCGGCAACUUCUCACCAUGCAUGGGACGUUUGUGAUUCUGCUGCCGCUCAGCCUCAUCCUGAUGGUUUUUGGGGGGAUGACAGGGUUUCUGAGCUUCCUCCUCCGAGCCUACCUCCUCCUUCUGCUCACUGGAACUCUCUUCCUCUUUGGAGCCAUGGUGACCCUCGCUGGGAUCAGCAUCUACAUAGCAUAUUCAGCCGCCGCCUUCCAGGAGGCUCUGUGUCUCCUGGAGGAGAAGGCCCUCCUGGACCAGGUGGACAUCCACUUCGGCUGGUCCCUGGCCCUGGGUUGGAUCAGCUUCAUCGCGGAGCUGCUCACGGGGGGGGCCUUCCUGGCAGCAGCCCGCGAGCUCAGCCUAAGACGGAGGCAGGACCAGGCCAUAUGAGCCUGGGCGCUGGAUCAUGAAGGGGAGGGAGGGGUUUGGCCCCGGAGCUUCAUGGGCCCAUCUUCAUGGGCUGCAGCCUCCUCUUCCUCAAAGGCCACUCGGGGAGGCCAGGCACCCCCUCGUCCCCCACAAAUCCCCGCGGACUAAGCUUGGGGCCUGGCUGUUAUCCUAGUGCCUGUGUGCUCAUGUCCGUGUGUGUCCGUGUGGCCUGGAGGAGCCUGAGGGAGUGCCAAAUCUCUUUACAAGAAAUAAAAACGAUCCUUUAAUCACA